ACAGAGACAUUCGAAGCGAAAUACGACAGAGCAAGCGAACUAAAAGCAUUCGAUGAAACCAAGGCUGGUGUUAAAGGACUUGUUGAUUCUGGUGUAACUGAGAUUCCUCGUAUUUUUCAUCACCCCUCAGAUAAUGACUUCGAGGAAAUCUACGUUUCAUCAGGAGAUUCCCAGUUCAGCAUUCCGGUCAUAGACCUCGGAGGACUAACUACCGAAGAUUCGGUUAAGAGAAAAGAAAUUGUUGAGAGAAUAAGAGAAGCGUCGGAGAACUGGGGGUUCUUCCAAACUGUCAACCAUGGAAUCCCGGAGAGUGUUCUUGAGGAGAUGAAAGACGGGAUUCGUCGUUUUCACGAGCAAGAAACCGAGAUGAAGAAGGUGUUUUACACACGAGAUCCGACGAAGCCGGUGGUUUAUAACAGCAACUUUGAUCUGUAUAGUGCACCUGCAGCCAAUUGGAGGGACACUUUUGCUCUUAUGUUUCACAAUAGUCCUCCAAAUCCUCAAGACUUGCCCAUAAUAUUGAGAGACAUACUUUUGGAGUACUCAAGGCAAGUGAGGAGAGUGGGGAUUUUACUUUUUGAGUUGCUCUCGGAGGCUAUAGGGCUGAAUCCAAACCACUUAAAUGGCAUAGACUGCGGUGAGGGGCUUGCGAUUUUAGGCCAUUACUACCCUGCUUGCCCGCAACCAGAACUAACCUUCGGCACAACCGUGCACGCGGAUGCUGACUUCAUCACAAUACUCCUACAAGAUCACAUUGGUGGUCUCCAAGUUCUGCAUCAGGGGAAGUGGAUUGACAUAGCCCCUGAGCCCGGGGCUCUAGUGGUUAACAUUGGAGAUCUUCUGCAG